GUUCGCUCUGUAGCAUCGGUUAUGAUGAACAAGACUGAAAUGACAUCUGCGCCAUUCCGGAUGCAUUUUUAUGCAGUGGAUUUUAACGAGGAAUUAUCGUUUAUUAGCGGUUCAAUUUUAAAUCGCCAGCGAAAUUUUGUCGUCAGCGCAAUAUCGACGGUACAGAGAAUGUAUUCACGAAAGAUAGUUCUUAUUGGCCAUUCUUUUGGCGGAGUCGUUCUAUAUGCGUUACCUGCUCAUCCCAGGUAUAAUGUCUCUGAUAUGGGCCUGGUGUUAACUUUAGCUGCCCCGAUUCUGUCUUCACCAAUUGUAAUGGACGAAUCAAUGGUUAAUUUUUACGAAACCAUGCAAAAUAACGACCAUGCCGUUCAUCGCCCCUCAUGGUCAAUUCGUGGCGUGGAUGCAGAAGCGGAUCAUCUUUGCAUUUUAUGGUGUAAUGAACUAGUUAGGCACUCAACGCGAAUACUAUACAGAUAUGGCAUGGAGGAUAUCUCUCCUCACCCUCGGCCCCCUGUUGAUGUUGUGCGUGACUUUUUCUACAAAGAGAAAGGAUCAGGUUCAGACAUUGGGGGAUCCACAUCGAAUAUUGUAAAAAUAGGAAUUUUUGAUUAUCCAUGGGUAUCGAGGGCCUACAAAGGCUCAAUGGAGGUAACGCUCACAAUCUAA